GUUUCUGAGGGACAUAAAAGAGGUUUGAGAAGCAAAGAGUACAGUUCUCCAAGAUGUCGCAAAGGAAAUUGUUACAAGAGAUCGACCGUGUCUUCAAGAAAGUCAGAGAAGGACUCGAAGAGUUUGACUUCACAUAUGAGAAACUACAGGAUUGCGACAACCAGUCGCAGAAGGAGAAGCUAGAGGCGGACUUGAAAAAGGAGAUCAAGAAGCUCCAGCGUUCGAGAGAACAAAUCAAAAACUGGAUGAGUGGGUCAGAUGUGAAGGACAAGAUGCCGCUUAUAGAGCAUCGAAAGUUGAUUGAGCACGAGAUGGAACGGUUCAAAGAGGUGGAGAAGAUGAUGAAAACGAAAGCUUUUUCGAACGAAGCGUUGGCUUCCACUUCAGAGAUAGUGGAUCCACGGAAGAAGGAGAAGAUGGAGACGGCUGAUUUCAUCCAGGGAAAUAUUGAAGAGCUUCAGAGGCAGAUGGAGGCGAUGGAGGCGGAGCUCGAUCUCAUAAUGUCGUCGAUGAAGAAGAAGAAGCCCGACAUGAGCAAGCAGUCGCACAUCGAAGGGCUGCAGGAGAGCUUGGGAAGACACAAGUGGCACAUAAGUAUGCUGGAGUCGAUUCUGAGACACUUAGAGAACGAUAAUAUUGACGUGGAGCAGAUCAAUGAUAUCAGAGAAGAUAUCGAGUACUACGUUGAAUCGAACGAGGAUCCAAACUUUGUGGAGGACGACACGUUCUACGAGUCACUCGGACUGGACGAAAUGGAGGACAGCUUUGCAGUGAUAGCAGGCGAUGAGUCUGAGGCGCCAGACACUCCCGGAAGGGCAAACUCAGUGACGGAUGAGAGGCCAGGAGAUAGAGAGGUGGAGAGCACCAGAGACAAAGACAAGGAGAAAGACAAGGACAGCGAAAAGGACAAGGAAAAGGAGAUGGAAAAGGAAAAAGUGAGGAAGACCAGGGAGAGGGAGGACAGCGAAAAAGACAAAGAGAAGACGGACAUCCCGAAGAUACCGGAGCCUCAUGCGGCAACGCUUCACACGCAACCGUCACAGACCAACAUUAAUUCACCGGCUGCCAAAACUGCAACCUUGGCCUCGACUCUAUCGGCUUCACUCAAUGCGUCGAACACCACAAACAGCAUCAUCACUGCAGGAUUGAAGCCUGCCACUCCGGUAGGAACACCCAAGUUGAAGUAUGCAACAGCUGCAUUAUCGGGCAUUAAAAAGGCACAAACGAAGCCACCGACAAACGUGUCUUACACUUCGUUGGCGUCGUCUGUCUCGAACACUAACCCCUCCAUUGCGAAAGCAGCCACUGUUAGUGUUGCUGCACCGUCUCAAACGUCACAGGUGUCUUCUCCAAUACCAAGCAACGACACCAUCAGCUUGCCGGCUUCUGUGAAAGUCCCUACCGAAGUGCCAGUGAACUCCUUGAGCAGCAUAUCCAGCGAUAUUGAGAAGUUAGCAUCGCUGAAUGCAUCUAGAAUUCUCAACAAUUACACGGCAAACAGCCCGCAGGUGAACAACAUCCAGGAGUCGUUAUACUUUCUCAACGCUGAAAACUACUCUAAGCUACCGCCAGGAUGCGACAAAUAUCUACACUCCCUCGAGGCAGCCAAGAACAGGAUUUUCGAGUUCAAAAAAAGGGAAGAACUCCAUGUUCCAUCCAAGAAAUCACAGCCACCUGCCAUUGUAUGUGAUGUCAAACUUCCGCCACUAGACGAGAUAUCAGCGCACUUGGAAUCUUCCCUUCUCAAUUGUCCAGAUUCUUACGAUGCAGACAAGCCACGUUCGUACAUUCCAACGAACCCAUACAUAACACAACCUAGUUUCCCAACAGAUCCAUUACCAGAAAUAAUUGGAUCCACAAAACUUCUGGAAAAGGUCGCUGACGACACACUAUUUUAUGGGUUCUACUACAACAACCUUCGAACGCCAUCAAAGUUUACCAACUUCCACAACCUCGAGCAAAUUCCAGACGACGACUACUUACAGUACAUUAUGUCGAAGGAACUCCACAACCGUGGAUGGAACUACCAGAAACAAAAUCACACCUGGUUCAAAGAAAACAGCCCUUCCAACGGGUGCAGUAGUUUUGACUUCGAGGAUAAGUGGGCCGUGAAGAAAACUCUAGAUUUCAAGUUUGACGUGAACGACGUGGAAACUGGUUAUCUGUACUGAUAGCAAGCCAGAGAAGCAAAACGCUCUCUCUCUCUCCUCUUUUGUAAAUUGUAUAUGAAUGAAUGUGAAGUUAAUCAAUAAUAUAGAACAAAGCAAAGUCUUCCG